CGAUGUAAACACAGCUGAGAGACAAACAUGGGUAUUCUAUCAGUGAAUGGAAAUCGAAAGCUGGAUUUAGCAGUAUUUGCGACAUCACACCGUGGAAUAUAAACGAAUCUGUAAUGAUUGCGGAAACUUGGACCUAAUCUGUUGAGCAACAAUGUCCCGUACAAAAGCCAAGAGUGCUGACCAGUACAAGGUGCUGACUGGAACUUGCCCGGAUGAAGAAUGCCAAGCCAAACUGUACUUCCCAGCAUUCGACAAAAGCAUCGAAUGUACAAGUUGCGGACAGCGCCACGACAAAGCUUCACUUCAGAAUGUUGAGGAAGUCACCAAUACCAACAUUGCCCUGCAUAAUCUACUGAAAAAUGUUCUUCUUGGCAAUGUCAAACCUCACAAAGGUCCUGAAAAUAUCAAGGUUUUAGGCUUGUCAAAUUAUGUGUGCAAACUUCUUUCACCAAUUCUGACCAAUUACGGCAUGGAUAAACAGACUGGUAAAGCUAAGUUGUUGCAGAACGAAUUUGACUGUGCUGUUUUAGGGGAUCGUGCCUUUCUGAUUGAUCCGGAACAUUUGUCGGUUAUGGGAUACGGAUGUGACCGUUCGGGAAGUAAACUCUAUCUUAGAGAAACCCUGAACAUCGUCCAAGAGGUCAAUGAUAACCAGGAAUAUCUCAUUCCAAUCCAUGCAGAUGGUGACGGGCAUUGUUUGGUGCAUGCAGUGUCAAGAGCUCUGGUUGGUAGGGAGCUCUUCUGGCAUCCUCUUCGAGUCAACCUCCAGCAUAAUUUUCAGAUGAAUUUAUCCAAAUAUAAAAACCUGUUUCAAGACUUUAUUGAUAAAGACGAAUGGUCAGAUAUUAUCAAUGAAUGUCACCCAGAUUUUAUUCCACCGGACAGUGAACCUCUUGGCCUCCGAAACAUCCAUAUAUUUGGACUUGCAAAUGUCCUGAAGAGACCAAUCAUUCUCAUUGAUUCCAUUGAAGGAAUGCAAAGCUCUGGAGAUUAUUGUGGGGUGUUCCUCCCCGUGAUGGUGGAUCCCGAGGACUGUAAGAAGGAUGGUGUGCUCAAUAAGCCUCUGUGCAUUGCCUGGAGCAGCAGCGGGAGAAACCACUUCAUCCCUCUCGUAGGCAUCAGAGGCAAGCCAGUGCCGAGACUGCCACGCUACAUGAUCCAGCGAGCCUGGGGAAUCCCAGACACCUACAUUGACAAGUACAUUGAAUUUGAUGAGCAAGGGAUGUGUCGCAUCGGAGGAGAUAAAUCUCUACAGGAUCGCUAUAUUCAGAAGCUGGUGCACGCCAUGGAGGAUGUGUUCCAGGAGAAGUAUGGCGUUCAUCCCAGUGUCGUAGCAGACGUACAUCAGUUCCUGUACAAACAAUCAGGAAUUGUGGGUGUCAAGAGUGACACUGUCGUCCUGGCAACACAGAAAGCCAUCCAGGAGAGACGUCUAUACCGCUGCCUGAUGUGCGAUGCCAUCACUGAAUACAGCAUCCCAACUGAGUGGUUCCAGCGUGGAGGCAGUCUGUACAAUCUGGCGCUCCAGAGGUAUGGGGAGCUCCGCCAUGAUGCCAAGUACUCCUUCCCAAUGCAAGGUGCUGUCUGUUCCUAUGAUAAGAAUAUUGACCAGCUGAUUUUGGAUUCGCAGAGUAGCAAGUUGUCCAAGUGUGCUUUCUGUCAAGGAGACCGGGUCCGGCAGGUGACUGGAAACAGCAGCAUCCUGUACCAGAAUGGCGACCGCACCCUCACCCCGUCCACCUCCACACGCUGCACGUGUGGGUUCAAGCACUACUGGAAUGGCAGGGAAUAUGAUAACUUUCCAGAAAUACUGCCCGUGAAGUUGGAGUGGAAUGAUCGUACUAUCAAGGAGGAGGUGGCGUGGUUCCAGUACGAGCAGGACCCAUCUCUCAACAGUAAUGUCUACAAGGUGGCCCAGGACUUGGUGCAGAAACACUUCCCAGGGGAGUUCGGCAGUGAACGUCUGGUACAAAAGGUUGUAGACAAGCUUCUGAGACUGACGGCUAUACCAGAGAGCAAGAAAGAGACGUGCGAGGGACCGAACUCCCCAGCACCACCAACACCUGCAGACAGUGUGUGGAGCCCAGACUCGCCAUCAAAGAUCAUCAUUACUGGACAACAGCAAAAGAGCAUCCACAAGGAGGAACUAACUAAGAGCGAGACUGAGCGGAAUAUCAGGCACAGGAUCGAGACUAAUGCACCAAAACAGCAGCAGAAGAAAUCUGCAGACCCAGUAGCCAAAAAGUCUGGAAGUCCAGCUCAAAGUCCUCGAAAAAGUACCCCAGAAAAGAAACCACCCCCAAAGGAGUCAACCCCUCCUCCAACCACUUUACCAACAGCAUCAUCUAUGUCAACAUCAACAACUUCUACCACACAGACUCCAGGGAAGAAAAUCAGGCUAGCAACAUCUGACGGGAGACAGGGAAUGCUGCAUCUGGACUCCGACGUGACCUUUGCCCAACUACAAAAGUUGAUAUCAGAUGUCCUUGACAUUCCUCCACAACAACAACGUCUUCGUCUUGGUUUUCCACCGAGAGAACUGAAGGCAGGCACUGAGCCUGUUUCAUUACAGCAUGGGGAUAAACUAUCAGUGGAAAUCUUGCACCCAGUGCCAUCCACCAGCAGACUACACAGAGGCGAUUCAAGAGAAGCAAUUUCUCCAACCCAGAAGAUGGCGUGGAAUAAGUUUGAUGAGAACAUUUCAGCACCAUCAGCAGAAGCUCUGCUUGAAAGUCUAAAGAACUCUCAAGCUGCCACAGACAAUAUUGACAUGUCCAUCUCAUCCAUGGCCCUGCUGGCCCAGCUGUCCGGCCGAGACCUGUGGACGUACGUGUCUAGUCAGCCCCACCUCUUCUCAGUGGGAGGGUUGUUUUACAAGCAGGUGGAGAGGGAUCUUGGCCUUGCCCCAGGGAAACACUGCACGCUGCCUUCUCUUCCUGGCAAGGUGUUUCGUUACAAUUCGGAAGCUGACCGACUAGAACUCUGUCUUGAACCACACGGCCACUUCCAAGUUGAGCCAGACAUCGAACGCAAGGUCAAAUCCGCAGCCCCUGUUGCUGAGGAUGACAAGGAGGUCAAGUUCGGGUCAAGUGGGGUCAUAUCAAGAGGGGAGAAAGGUCAUGUUGCUUUCUCAGGGCAUGGCCACUCACUCCUUGCAUCGGAGACAGACACCAGAAUGCCAGGGGAUCUCCCAGACUCUCCCCGAAAGAUUCAAGCUAGGAAACUUACAAAUUUCUGUGAUCCUUUGCAACAUAUUGAAGCAAUCAGUGAGGAACCAGCGGAGGUGUCAUGUGACAUGCCAGAUGGGACAGCCAUUGGUGAAGGUGCUAGCCAAUCAGAGCCUGCUGUUAGGGUUGACUAUCAGAAGAUUGGUCCAGGAUUUAGUGUGAUCGACCAAUCAGUUUCCAACACAACUAAUGAGAAUGUAGAUGUUUUCCGCCAACUUGCCCAGGCGAUAGAGCAGACUGUAGCAGACUGUAAUGACUUUGAUGAAUCGUCAAGCGAGGCCCUGUCUGAUGCUGGGGCUGCACACAAAGAGGAACGUAUGGACAGACAGGAUGAGAAGCUGAGAGAUGAACAGGUGUCUGGUAGUGUGGGUGACAACAAGGAGGAGAAGAUGGACACAACGUAGUAACACCUGCUGACGGACGACAUAGUUGCUCCUGUGGAUGUAACCAUCAUGACGAAGUACCGCCUGCCGAUGUAGCUGUCAUGACGAUGUAGCUGUCACCAAAGACUAGGUGGUUAAUACCAGGGUUGGAGGUGGAACCAGCCUCAUGUAGCUUCAAACUGUCAAAACUCUUGUUUGAAUGGUCAUGUCAAGGUUAACUUUUGAAGUAGGAUAGGCUAUUGAAUUCUCUCGUCUUUUUGUCACAGGAUGCAAUUACCUAAAUGAUGAUGUCACACCAUCUGACUACAGCUCACUAGUGUGCAACUAAUCAAAACUGUCAGCAUUUUUUUGUUUUUUACAUUUAGUUCACAUUCUCAGUGGAAGGAUGCAGACUUUUGAACAUUAGCAGUUUGAAGAUCUAGUUCUUGUAAAUUGAGUACCACUGUGUUGCCCUAAUGAUCAGGAGGUGUCCAGGUAACAGGAGGUAACACUAACUUAAAUACACAAACCAUUUUAGCACUGCGUGAAGGUAUUGUUGUUGUAGCGAUGGGUACCCUCCUGUAUACAGGACCUUACAUCAUGGGGCACUCCCUUGUAGUCAUUACAACAACCCUUUUCACUGUGGUAACAUCCUUGAUUAUCCAGUGUAUCAUAUCCCCAUUCUUUUAUGAUAAAUGCCCUGGACUCAUUUACCACCCACCCCAAUUAUGUUAUGGGUUUGUCGGGGCGGUCGGGUGGCGUAGUGGUUAAAGCAUUCGCUCGUCAAGCCGAAGACUCGGGUUCGAUUCCCGACAUGGGUACAAUGCGUGAAGCCUAUUUCUGGUGUCCUCUGCCAUGAUAUU